AUGGAUUUUAUUAGUGCACGUGGGCAGCACGGCGUGUACGACGAGCAUCUCUGCGAUUCUCUGUUUGGUAACAUCCCGUGUCCAAACAAAUCGUACACAAACAACAAAUCCUAUUCACACACAUUCAAUCAUCCGUUCUUUCAAACACUCUGCAUGUUUCUCGGCGAAUUCUCGUGUUUCAUCGUAUUCAAAUUGUACACAAAAUGGUCGACUAUCAAACAUCAGAGCGUGAAGACUGCAAGGCCAUUCAAUCCACUGAUUUUUCUGUUUGCCGCAUUGUGUGACAUGACGAGUUUCUCUAUGAUGGUCGUUGGUCUCACUAUGACAUACGCAUCCAGCUUUCAGAUGCUUCGUGGUGCAGUCAUCGUGUUCACCGGUCUCUUGUCCGUCGCGUUUCUUCAAAAUCGUCUCUUCUUGCAUCAUUGGAUUGGCAUGAUAUUGGUUGUUGCUGGUCUCGCAGUCAUCGGUGUAGGAGAUGCUCUGUUUUCGAAUGAAACCGGUGUGGCAGGCAGCCUCCAAGUGACGGGAGAUUUGUUGAUUGUCACAGCUCAGAUAAUCGUUGCAAUACAAAUGACGUAUGAAGAGAAAGUGAUCAAGAAGUAUGAGGUGCCAGCACUACAGGUCGUCGGAUGGGAAGGAUUGUGGGGCUUCACGGUCCUCGGAUUGCUGCAGAUUCCAUUCUACUUCAUUCCUCUCUCAUUCAGUAAUCUCCGUCCUUCACGUCUCGAGAACACAGUGGAUGCUGUCAUACAAAUCGAUCACAGCUGGAGGCUCGUGAUUGCCGUCGUUGGCUUGCUGGUCAGCAUCGCAUUCUUCAACUUCUCCGGCAUCACAGUGACAAAAGAGAUGAGUGCAACGACUCGUAUGGUCCUUGACAGUGUGAGGACUCUCUUCAUUUGGAUGUUUAGUCUCGCCAUCGGGUGGGAAAAGUUUCAGUUCCUGCAACCGAUCGGUUACGUGUUACUCGUGUGUGGCACAUGUGUCUACUACAACUUGCUGUUCGUGCCACUCUGGAAGAAAUGCACGACGACAUCCAUCCAUCAAAGCGAGAAAUCACACCUCCUGUUGUCUACAGACAAAGUCAACUGAG